AUGCCGUUUGCCACCGUCGGUCUUUCAGACAAGCAAAUUCGAGCAGGCAAUGCUGCUGAUCCUGAAGACGACUCCAUGCUCAGUUCGGGCUGGUCCUAUCCCUCAGCAGAUCAUUAUGAUUACAAAUUUCCUUACCACACAUUAGGAUUCCCAGACUUUUCCCUCAGAGUCAAAGACGAGGUCUCAGAAAAUGCGUCCUGUGGAUCUCCAUGUGGACAAUCACACUAUUCAUUUGGCCCAACAGAUUGCCCAGCCUAUUCACCCACACUCUCACCACCGCCACUACUACUCGACGCCAACCUCAGAACCUCACCGCCGCUCUCGUUUAUGGAAACCGACACAGACUUCUCACUAUCACCACUACCACUUCCAGACAUGCAAGUCGUCAGCGACGCUCUUGCCAAAUUCAACCUUUCAUACACAGACGUCGGUAUUCACAUGGAAGCCAAUGUCACCAACGUCUCCGAUCUACGGUCACUUAUUGACGCAUUCUCUCAGCUCUGUCUACCCAAUCCCCUCGACAGCUCACUAAAAGAUUCAAACGAGAACAACAAUAAACACAACUCUCGAAUCAACUGCAAGACCAACUGUAACAAUACCACAAAUAAUAGUAAUAGUAAUAGUAACAAUUAUAGCUACAAGAAUAAGAACAAUAAUACAAGUAAUAACAAUAAUAAUAAUAAUGAUCAUACAACUGUAAUCUACCGCAACAAAUCUCAAAAAACCAAACCAGCAAACUUCUUCGCAUCAGUGUCAUUACUUGGCCUGAGCCAGGAUCCACACUCUACACACAAAAGCGGCACAACAUUACGGGCAAUUGCCGAUGCCUGUGUUGAUGCCUAUUUCCUGUGCUGGGUACGGUGUGCAAGUGUGCUUGUGAAAGAUGAAUUUAUGGAAUGGUACACAAGCCAAUCCUCACCCGAGGACACGUUUAUUGUAAACGCAAUUUGUUCUUUUAUGUUUAACCACAUGCUCGUCCAUCACCCCAAACCCGAAUUUUCACAGUUUAUCGGUGACCAAGACAAGAUUCGAGAGCAAGAAGAGUUUUACUUUGAUCGUGCCCGACACGUCCUGGCACAGAUCUUUGAUGUUCCUGACCGCUACAUGAUUGUCGGCCUUUUGAUGAUGAGUACCCGCGCAGAGGCAAGCCGACGCCACCACUAUGUCGGCAUGGCAGUCUCGAUGCUCCAUCAGCUCGAAAUCUAUCCACGCAUGAACACCGACCCUGUCGACAUUGACGACGACCGUGCAUUCGACAAAGAAAUGGACACCCGGCUCUGGUGGUUUGCAUGGUCGAUUGACUUUUAUCUCUAUUCAGCCGGUGCUCCAAAGAACACUCCACAGCCACGCCUGCCGGGUCAGGUGUCGCUUCCACGGGUGUUUGAGCAAGACAUCGACGGGGUCGAGAAUAGCAUCAUCGCGCACGAAAAGUGCAUUCUUCUGUGGCAGAUGCAGGCCGAGAUCAUCCUUGCUGUCUACGAAAAAGAUGCUGAUAUGACUGUCGAGCAGCUGAACAACUACGACUCUAAGCUCAACUCGUAUUACAGCUCAUUGCCAGAUUAUCUAAAGUGCGACAGUGGAUUUGAAUACGGCAACGAAGAAUUGUUUCUGACAUGCCUCCGAGUGACGGUCGAAUACAACGCAACCCGCAUACUACUCCACAAACUGUUCUUACCCGAAGUGACCGACCCACGUCCUAGCCGACUCUCUCUCCAGUCGCUCAACACCUGCCUCAUCACUUCAUUAACCCAAUUGCGAGCCCUCAACACAUGCACCCGCUCAGCCCUCACCCAAUGUGCAUUCGAUCGCGACGAACUCUGGCGUGCCUCCGAGGUCAUCUCGAUGGCGAUGGAUAUCUACCGCACCUGCAUAUCUCCAGACGACCAGAAACUGAUUCUUCAGAACAUCGACCGAGCCGAAUACGAAAACGGACUCAACAAGGCACUCGAGAUCCUCAAGAAGACCCGCGAAUACGAUGCAAUGAACAAGAACUGGAUUCAAGUUGCAGACUGGCUUCAGGUUGAAAUCAGACGCCACAAACUGUACUCUCGGUCUUCAUCAAAGGAUUAUCGGUCACCAUCCACAAAAGACGACAGCAGUAACCUUGGCCCGAUUACAGCACCAGCUCCGGACUACUACCUCGCAAACCUCAAGAUAAAACCACCCCAAGAUCAGGCACCUCGCAAACGAUCACGGCAAAUGUCCAACACCGAAUCUAGCUCGAUGCUCUCUGUCCUCUCCUUUCCUCAACCAAAUUUCUCAUCAGUCUUCUCUGGCUUGCUCGGACAACGUAGGAAGAGUGUAUCUCCGAAUGCGCCAGCACAAGUACAAUUCAAUAUGUAUAUACCCGAACAGCAAACACCAUCACCAUCACCAUCACCAUCACUACUACAACGAAGCAAACCUCAACCUCAAUCACAGAUACAACAGCAGUUACCGCAACCGUUUCAGCAAUUCAAUGCAAUGAGUCCAGGUGCGGGCAAGAACCAGCCAAGGUUUCGAUAUUUCAAUCCUCGAAAGAUGAACAAGUUUCUCUUUAUUGAUGAACACCCCAUGUAA